AGGAAAAAGAAAAGGCAUGUUUUAGUAUGUAGAGGAUUUUUCUUCAUAUUCAAAUCGUUUGAAAAAAAAAGGAACCAAAAAUGGAAUCAAGUUGCCCGUCAACCCCUCGCUGGAAUCUCGACAGACCUUUUCUCACCGGCCGAUUUCAUCAGGAAAUAAAGGGGACAUCUCGUUUGGCAGCUGAUGGGAAGGGUUUUCCUUCGGAUUCGUUCAGCUCUGGAUUGGAAAAUCCAAUCGGUUGUUACGAUGCUGCGGUUCAGGAACUUAUUGUCAUUGAUGAUCUCCUUUUUGCAUUGGUUGGAAUUGAAGGACGAUAUAUUUCAAUCAAACGAGUGCAUGGAAAGGCUGAUGUUAGUUUCCAGAUUGAUGCAUCCAUGGAUUUAGCACUUCAGGAAUUAGCAAAACGGAUAUUUCCUUUGUGUGAGAGCUUUCUGUUGAUUGAUGAGUUUGUAGAGUCCAGAUCUCAGGUCAAGAAUGGCCUUGUCAAUCAUGCCUUUGCUGCUGCAUUGAGGGCACUCCUUUUGGAUUAUCAGGCCAUGGUUGCACAGCUUGAACACCAAUUUAGACUUAGAAGACUUUCUAUUCAAGGAUUGUGGUUUUAUUGUCAGCCCAUGAUGGGCUCCAUGCAAGCAUUGUCCACUGUGAUAAGGAAGGUUUCAGCUAAUAAUUAUGCAGGUUCUACAGUGCUUAAUUUGUUGCAGAGCCAGGCUAAGGCUAUGGCCGGUGAUAGUGCAGUGAGGUCAUUGCUGGAAAAAAUGACCCAUUCUGCUAGCAAUGCUUACCUUAGCAUAUUGGAAAGGUGGAUCUAUGAAGGAGUAAUUGAUGAUCCAUAUGGUGAAUUUUUUAUUGCCGAGAAUAAUUCUCUUCAAAAGGAGAGCCUUACUCAAGAUUACGAUGCUAAGUAUUGGAGGCAGCGCUAUAGUCUUAAGAAGGACAUUCCUAGUUUCCUUGCAAAUAUUGCGGGUACAAUAUUGACUACUGGAAAAUAUCUAAAUGUCAUGAGAGAAUGUGGGUACAAUGUUCAGGUGCCUGUGUCUGAGAAUUCUAAAUUAAUGACUUUUGGAUCCAACCAUCAAUACCUUGAGUGUGUAAAAGCUGCUUAUGAAUUUGCCAGUGGUGAACUCUUAAGCCUUGUCAAAGAAAAGUACGAUCUAAUAGGAAAGUUGCGGUAUAUAAAGCACUAUCUUCUUCUUGACCAGGGUGAUUUUUUGGUUCAUUUUAUGGAUAUAGCUCGAGAGGAGCUCUUGAAAAAGCAUGAUGAGAUUUCUGUGGAGAAACUGCAGUCUCUGCUGGAUCUAGCUUUGCGUACCACAGCUGCUGCUGCAGAUCCUUGUCAUGAGGACUUAACAUGCUGUGUGGAGAGAUCUUCGGUUCUCAAAGGAUUGAGCAGACUGAAGGAUCUCGACAUCAAGAAUGUUUCUCAUAGUAAUGAUCUCCAGGAGCCAAUAAGCAUUACUGGUCUUGAGACAUUUUCCUUGAGCUAUAAGAUUCAGUGGCCACUGUCAAUUGUCAUAUCAAGAAAAGCUUUAACAAAAUAUCAGUUGAUUUUUCGCUUCCUUUUUCAUUGUAAGCAUGUGGAACGCCAGCUUUGUGGAGCUUGGCAAAUGCAUCAAGGAGUUCGUGCUCUCAAUUAUCGUGGGACUGCUGUCUCUAGAUCAUCUCUCCUCUGUCGUAGCAUGCUGAGAUUUAUUAACAGUCUUCUGCAUUACCUAACAUUUGAGGUCCUUGAACCCAAUUGGCAUGUGAUGCAUGGUAGACUCCAGACUGCAAAAAGCAUUGAUGAGGUUAUCCAGCAUCAUGAUUUUUUCCUCAAUAAGUGUCUGAAAGAAUGCUUACUUCUUUUGCCUGAAUUGAUAAAGAAAAUGGAGAAGUUGAAAUCAUUAUGCCUACAAUAUGCAGCAGCAACACAAUGGUUAAUUUCAUCGUCUAUCGAUAUUCCCAAGUUAGAUGUGCAGUAUGAUGGUUCUGGUGGGUCCGAAAAGUCCAAGCAGUGGAAAACAAAGAAUCCAUAUCAGGGUCAAAAAGUCAUGACUAGAAACUCAGCAGUUACUGACUCCAUUCUUAAAUUCGAGAGGGAAUUUAAUGCCGAGCUUCAGAGUCUGAGACCAAUUUUGAGCAGCAGUUCUCAAGUAGAACCAUAUUUGACACAUCUUGCAAAGUGGCUACUUGGUGUUGGAAAUGAUCAGUAAGUUCAGAAUUCGUUAGUCUUGUAAAUUUAUUACAAGAUUAUAUACAGUUAUAAGAAAUGUAAAUCUCUUUAGUCACGCCUUUUAUGAUAAAUGUGCUUUAGGGUAGGGAUUAUUGCGUGUUGUGAUUUUACCGUAUCUUUGGUUUUUCUAUAUCUUGCAUCUCGUUCUUCGUUGCAAAAGACGAGACGGGUGGGGCCGGGGCUCAUAAACGUUAACGAGAAGUGAGAUUCAGGAUGUAUGUUCUGAAUCUUGUUUGGUUAACAAGGCAUUUUUUAGGUCUCUAAAUUUGACAAAACAGUUGA